GUCUGCUAUAUUCAUAAUAAAACGGACAGGUAUUUACAAUAUAUGUAGCAAUCCGCAAUCUAAAUAACAAAUUUAGACGCCUAACACAAGUUAGAACAGAAAUUACAUAUAAAAACUGAGUUUUGUACUAAAUUUCAGAAUUAAAAUGAUAAAAUGGGCCUUUUCUGGUCCAUGGAAGCAGCCCAGGCGGCCAACCAGGCGGACCAGGCAGCAGACUGGUGGCUAGCACACUGGCCCAGCCAGGCAGCCCACUAGGGAGCCACACGCCUAUUCUAUAUGGGGUGGCUAGGGUUUCAAAAGGAAACCCUAACCACCUAGACCCUGCAGCCGACGUCGCCGCCGUGUGGUCUGCGCCUCCACGGUCUGCGCCACCAAGCUCCUGAUCCGCUGGGCUGACGCCGCCGCACAGGCUGUCUGCUUCACGAGCAGGAGUCUUCCGCCAGCCGGCCACCUCAUUCCGCACGCCAGGAGGUCACGUAAGGAGCAGGCUUGGGAGCCACGCCUGGCGCCAUUCUCCGAGCCAAGCGUGCCCACGCCGGGAUCCAGCCCUCGCCUGGCCAUCCUCUCCUCGGACGGUCGCGCCUGGGCUUCCUCGCCGAGCGCCCCCACGCCGGGCCACCUCGGGCACCGGAGCGCCACUACCAAGGGCCGACCGAACCAGCACCGGGGGCGAGCCAUAGUCUGGUGCCAAGCACCCGCGCCGGCCGAGCGCGCUCACCGAGGAGCCGCCGGGUGGGCUUCUUGCAUCGCGCCAUGGCUGCCAUGCCGCGGUCGGCGUCCGUGCCCGAGACAGCAGUCGGUGCCAUAGCCACCUGCCAUGGUCCAGUCCUGCGCCGCACCAAGCGCCAUGGGCCGACUGGAUCUUGCCCACACCGGAGAUGCUCCAAGUGGCGCCCGCGCAGGGGCUGUAUCCCUGCUCCCCCACCCCUCCCCCCAACCGGCCGUCGUGGCGGCAACCACCACCAGCCGGACAGAGGGCCAUUAGGCCCUCCCAUUUGGGGAGGAAGAUGGGGCCACCCCGUUUGGGCGGUGGCCAGUGAAGAUGAUGCGGUCGCGCGUGGCAUCAACGGCGCGAGGAGCUGUCCACGACGGGCAGCGAUGGUCCCAACGACCACCAAAGUAGGCGGAGAUGGGGAACGACAAGCAACUGUCGUUGUAGUGGGUCGAGGAGGCGGUGGUACCACUAGAUCGACGUCCAUGGGUGCGGAUGUAGAUGACCCCGCGUCACCCACCGGCACCGGUGGUGACGGGGACACAGUGGGGAGGCCGCACUCCACCACCGACAGUGGAACCACCACUGUCCAUCCAUGGAGAACAUAGAAGUGCACGUUUUGCACUUGCACACGGCGUUCAGGGAUGGCAUGCACUGGUGGAAGUGUUGUGUCUUGCCCAGCAGCAAACGCCUCCAACCUCGCAUCAUCAACAAUGUGCAGAACUUUGUGCAUACGACGUAUGCGCAUGGAAAUGGUUUGCUUCAUACCUUGCUGUUGAUUUGCAUAUCACUAUUGUUGUUUUUGUCAAGAAUAGCAAGUGUUCUUCCUUCUUCCUCUGAUCUUUCUUGGGACAGUGUUGAUAACGUAUUAAGAGUUGAGUGCUCAAUAGUAGAAUCAGUGGAGAGGGAGAGACAAAUGAUAGGACUGUUAUCUUGUUUAUUGCAGAGAUCCUCUUUAUAUACAUAUGUACAAAAGGGUCUCCAAGGGGUGUGACCCUUGGAUAAUAACUAUAACAAAUGGAUGGUUGGAUGGGCCUUGAUCA